AGUGAAACAGAGUUACUGUAAGCAUACUUCUAUCUCAUUUGCUUUUACGCGGCGUUACCAAAUAUAAAUACUACGGAAGUCAAAUUAGACGAAGCACAUAUUUGACACUUGUGUGGUAUCGAUAGUACUACCUUAACUCCUUUACCCCCACUUUUAAAUCAAAGAGGCAAGUUCACGUUCACAGUAGUGUGACUAUCGUAGUUUAUAUGAAAAAAGCAAUAAGUGUAAUGGCAACACUUCUAAAAAAUACCACUAGGUCUUCGCCGUCAAAUCUUAUACAAAUGUAAUUUUAUAUUUUAUUCAUUCUGAAUCCAGAGGGUUUGAUACGAGUUAAGCGCCUAGUUGGCAAUGGAAAUGAAUGAAAGGAAUCAAAGGUACAAAGUGAAAACAUGGACAUCAGAUAUUGUUAUUGUUUGGAUGCUAAUUAUUUGCUGACAAGGCCGACCACCGAUGAAUCGUAGUGAUCGGUGGGCCAGGUUAAUAACAUCCAAGAUUUAUAUCUAAGUGAUGAGCGAGACUCGGCACCAUCUUCGCUCCGUUUCGGAUUUAUACGCGGCUGAUGAAAUAGAAGUAUUGCUUCUAGAGGAAAUACGUGACUUAGAACCACCACCAUCAGCUUAUUCACGACCUGAGGAUAUACAAGACUUCGAAAUUGGAAGUAGGACAGGGGGAGCGAUCAGCUCCCAAUCAUCUGAGUUGGAUUCACCUGGAGUCCACUCAACUGUUCAUUCGUGGGACUCCCAUGCUAACUACCAUGGCCCUUACGGAAUACAUGGACAUGGAUCUUCCUCAAAUGCACUGCCAUGGCUUGGCUCUAACCAUUUGGUUCUUUACUGCGAUAUACAGGGUCAUCUUAAGACGUCCACAGGUGUCAUCAGGCUCUUACUACUCAUAACAUCAGUAGCAUGCCUAGCAACACUCUGUAGCUCAGGUACUGCCAAUGUCAGCCUCUUUAUGUUGCCUCUUGUCGGACGAUUGAGAUUUAUUAUCUUCGUAGCAGUUUUUUGCUUACUGGUCACAACAGUACUCCUCUUCCUUGAUAUCUCACAUAUUAUAUGUAUGUUUCCCUUCAAUUGGGCUAAGUUGAAUUUUUGGUUAUUCACCAGUAUUGGAGUAUCGUAUAUUAUAGGAUGUGGUUUACUAGGUUUGUCGAUAUGGGAAUAUCAUUCAAGUGGUUGGGUACCUCGUCGCACUCGUUCUCAACUCACAGCAGCUGCUGGAUUAGCUCUAUCAUGUGGAUUCAUUGCUUUUACUCUUUCGUGGCUACACGGGCGUAUGGGCAUCAAUUGUAAACCUUCAUCUUCACACGAUAAUUCUCAAAGUCAACUUUAUAAACCUGUUGAAUCCUCUUCUUCAGGCCUAAUUUCAAAAGAAAAAUGUUCAAAACAACCACCAGCGUGGAUCGUUAAAAAUCAGCGCUCUAAAAGAAAUGCUGACAGUGAAUCGAACGUAACAAGUAAAGGCAAUGGCAAUUUCGAUGAAUAUAAACGCGGUAUAAGUAGAAAAGAUCAUUGGGCAUCAGCAAGACAACAUUUUUUGCCUCAAGAUGAUGAUGAAAUUCAAAUUCAAUCUCAAAGUCAAACUCGAACAAUACAACGAGACGAGAGUGAUCUUGAACGUAAGCGUAGACGAAGACGAGACGGUAGUGGUUCAAGUGGUCAUAAUAGUGAAAAUAAACCACGAAGAGUACCGCAGAAAUUACCUCUGCAAACAAUUGAGAGACCACAACCACGUAAAAAUAAUGUAAAAACUUCUGGAAAGACAUCGAAAACCAGUACUAAUAGUGAUCUUCAGAGUUAUGUUGCCGCGACCGUGAAAGCGUGGGAGCUUGAAGCUGCUAAGGGUUCAGAGCAGGCUAAAUCAAUGAAAAUUUCAUUACUCGAAGCUUCCAUGUGGUCAGAACAAUGGCAGCAACCACCUGAUAAUGUUCAACCUUGCUCUAGUAAAGCUAUUGACCCUUAUUCAUUUGCUUAGUACUCAUGGAAGUGAAUCUAAUUAAAUGUCGAAUUAACUGCCAAAUAUAUAUAUACAUAUAUAUUUGUGAGUUGACUGUAUCGAAAUUUUUAACUUCUUGCUAUAAAAAUUUUCAAAAACUAAAGUUAUUGGUUUCAAUACAUGUCAACGUUUUCAGUUCUAAGUAAUCGUAUCUGACCAUUUUCUAGUAAACGUGAAAAUGUAUGAAUGUAAGCAAAAUUUUAUCGUACAAUAUUUUUUGGGUGAAUCAAUAAAUGUAAAUGGUUUUGGUGGUGA